AAUAAAAUGUUAUCCUUAUAUCUGUUUUUAACUAGCUAUUGUAAAAGUUAAAAUUAGAUUAUGAGAAAUGAGUGUAAAACUUGUAGGCUUAGUAACUUAUACUUAUAAAAAAUGCUGCACUUACAAUAUGCUGAAUCUUAUGGGUUUUCUGCACAAAAAUGGAGUUCUUGAUUAGGGAGAUAUAAUAUUUGAUUACUGAUUGUGCGACCUCUUUUUCUGCCCCCACAUGCCUAAAUUUGAAGAAAACAACAAUGAACCUAAAGAGAAAAAAAAAAGGAGAAAAACAGGAUAUUCAUUAAUCUCACAAUACAGAGCUUAAAAAAUGGAAAUACACUGAUCUAUGUGCUUCUUUUUGCUUUACAUCCUAAACAGACGAAGCACUUUCACUCAAGUCUUAAACAAGGUACAAGAAGUUAGGCUCUAGAAGAGUGAGUAUAAACCAAAUUAUAACUUCAGAAACUUAUAAAUCUAUCCAACCACAGCAUUGUGUACUACACAAUUCUUUUGACAAAAUCGACUCUUUAUAGGCCAAUUGUACAAGAAGAAACCAGGGACUUUGGUGCAAAUGGGCACAUAGAUUUAGAUCCAUUCCCGCUUAUAUAAAUGUAAAUCUCACCCUUCUUUCAUAUCCAUCUCACAAGAGUUACAAGAAGAAAAUAUUAAACAGUGAAAAAUGAAGAUGACAUUGGUAGCAUUGGUCCUAGUGGUUGCCUUGAGCACAAAGGCACUACUUGGGGAAGCAGGUGCUGCACCAGAGCAAAUUGUGAACACAUCAGGAAAGAAGGUGAGAGCUGGUGAGAAUUACUACAUUGUUCCAGCAUCCUCUGAUAUAGGUGGCCUUGCUCUCUCAACCACAGCUCAAGAUUGCCCUCUUGAUGUUGUAGCUGUUGAUGGUUAUCAAGGCCUCCAAUUGAGCUUUCUUCCUGUUAAUGAUAAGAAAGGUGUCAUUCGCGUUUCCACUGAUCUCAACAUCUUUUUCUCCACCUACACAAGUUGUCCACAGUCCACAGUCUGGAAGCUUAAGGACUAUGAUUAUUCAACAUCACAGUGGUUUCUCACAACUGGUGGUUCUUUGGGUAACCCUGGCUCUCAAACCAUCAGCAAUUGGUUCAAGAUUGAGAAGUACGAGGAUGCUUACAAGAUGGUGUAUUGUCCAAGUGUGUGCAAUUAUUGCAAUUAUCCAUGCAGUGAUAUAGGAAUAUAUCAGGACCAAUAUGGCAAGCGUUUGGCUCUAACUUCUGAGCCAUACAAGGUGCAGUUCCAGAAGGUUCAAUACUAAAUGUUGAAUUAUAGCAAAAUCUUAAUGAGUAAAGUGUAUGGCACAUCUUGCACUUUUCGUAAAAGAUUAUUCUCAAGUUGAGUUCCACGUACUGAACUAUAAAUAAUGAAUAAACAAGAUGUUUUCUACUGAGUCUUUUUAAAGUUUCUAGUUUCUGUUUGUGGUU